AAGAAAGAAGCUGCAACAUGGGAAAGAAAACGUCAAAAAUGUACAGUGGCAAUCACAAUAUUCUGCUGGUGGGAGAGGGAGAUUUCUCCUUCUCUUUAUCUCUAGCCACAAGAUUGGGUUCUGCAUCCAACAUUGUUGCUACUUCCCUGGAUUCAAGAGAGGAGUUGGUGAGGAAGUAUUCAAAAGCUGAGGAAAACCUGGAUGUUCUGGAAUAUCUAGGGUGCAAAAUUUUGCAUGGAAUAGAUGUUCAUACAAUGAGCAAACAUUCUUGCCUCAAACGAAAACUGUUUGAUCGGAUAGUCUUUAACUUUCCUCAUGCUGGUUUCUUUUACCGCGAACGUGACAAUAGGCAAAUCAGGUUGCACCAGUAUUUAGUGAGGGGAUUUCUGAGAAAUGCAAAGAAAAUGCUGGAAGAAGAUGGUGAAGUCCACAUAACCCACAAGACUGGUUAUCCAUACGAUGAGUGGGGAAUAGAGAAUAUAGCAGAGGAGGUGGGGCUGUUUUUGAAAUCUCAAGUGCCAUUUCACAAAGACAAGUAUCCAGGGUAUGUAAAUAAGAGAGGAGAUGGAACAAGGUGCAAUGAAACAUUCCCUGUUGGAAGAUGCAGCACUUUCAAGUUUAAGAAAUCUGCACCUGCGCUAAUAUUUAUCUAUAAGUAAUUAUGUGAUAUAAAUUAUAUUAUUAAAU